AUGCCAGGCCGCUUAAUAGUCCAGCGGCCGUCGCCGACGACCGUCAGCUUCACCGUCUCCAACGCGUCACCGCGCUCCAGCUCCCCCGCAAAGAUCCUAUUUGGAAUCCAGAUCCUCCUGCGCGCACUCCUCUUUUGCUGUGUUAUCCUUGGCCUCACAGCACGACUUCGAUAUUUAGUUUUGCUCCAGGGUGAAAACCUGGCCCAAUGGCAGGCCAUCUGGUCCAGUCCAUUCGGAGCUCAUUUGUGCAGCGUAGUCGACAGAUACAAUCCCUGGGCCAUGGCAGUAGUCAGCGUAUUAGUGAUCUAUGGGGUAUUCAAGAGAGGAUAUACCGAGGAAUCACUUCUCGUUAUCCGAGGCUUUGGCAUCCAGACCUCAACAUCCUCCUCCACCUACCUUUCUUCGGCUGCGACAAGAUUCAUUCCAACUACACAGAUUCAAGACAUUGUCAUCCAUGAGGCCUUCAAGGGAUUCGAGGUCCGAUUCUAUCUGGCAGUGAUUGUAGAAAGCGAGCCAGAUGUUCUGGUGGUCUUUCCGGUAGGACCUACGUUCUCAUGGUGUUGUACUCGGGCUAACGAUGCUGGUGUUUAG